CACACAACCGCAAUAAGCAAACAUGGCGGCGGCCGUCGACAGUGUUGUGAAAGUGCUGGGAGAGCAGUAUUACAGAGAUGCCAUGGAGCAGUGUCAUAGUUACAACGCUCGUUUGUGUGCUGAGCGCAGCAUCCUCAUGCCUUUCCUGGACUCUCAGACUGGUGUGGCCCAGUCCAACUGUUACAUUUGGAUGGAGAAGAGACACCGAAGUGCAGGUGUAGCUCCAGGGCAGCUGUACACCUACCCAGCCCGUCGCUGGAGAAAGAAACGGCGUUCUCAUCCCCCUGAGGACCCCCGCUUGGCCUUUCCGCCUCUCAAAGCAGGUAUCACCUCAGAUUUGGAACUGGGUCUGAAGCGUGACGCGUUGGGAGCGGUGGAUGGCAGCAGUUUGGAGGCCCUGCUGAAGGGGGAGCCCCUCGACAGGAGGAGCGGAGUGUCGGACCUCCGCGGCCCUGAGGAAGAUUCAGCAACCGUGGAGCCUCCAGCCACCUCGGCAACCACUCACACGUCCUCCGGCCGUGUCCGCAAGAGAGUCCUGGAUCACGACGACUACUUGGACGACUUGGAUGACGAAGACUUUGAGGACGAGACCCCCAAGAGACGAGGCAAGAGCAAGUCCAAGGGUCGCAGUGACAAGAAUGGCAAGAAAAAGCAGGAGGCUGCAGCUGCAGCGCUGGAGGAGAGGGACAAACCGUACGCCUGCGACAUUUGUGGGAAGCGCUACAAGAACCGUCCUGGCCUGAGCUACCACUAUACACACUCUCACCUGGCAGAGGAGGAGGGCGAGGACCGCGAGGAGAUCGAGGCACCACCCACUCCUCGCCAGCCUGAGGAGCAGAAGACCACUAAGAAGGGUCCCAAUGGGCUGGCACUGCCCAAUGAUUACUGUGACUUCUGUCUGGGAGACUCCACCUUAAACCAGAAGACCGGCCAAUCAGAAGAGCUAGUGUCCUGCUCAGACUGCGGACGCUCAGGCCACCCGACAUGCCUGCAGUUCACACCAGUGAUGAUGGCUGCAGUGAAGACUUACCGCUGGCAGUGCAUCGAGUGCAAGUGCUGCAAUGUUUGCGGCACCUCAGAGAAUGAUGACCAGCUGCUGUUCUGUGAUGACUGCGACCGAGGCUACCACAUGUACUGUCUAAGUCCCCCAAUGACUGAACCACCAGAGGGGAGCUGGAGCUGUCACCUGUGUCUGGCUCUGCUGAAGGAUAAAGCCUCCAUAUACCAGCAGAACCAGAGCUCUGCCCCCGAGUGACAGCAUGUCCACAAGUCCCGCCCCCUCCGUAACGGGACUCCACCCCCGAUGGAAACGUCAGACCUCCUCUCAGUCCAGAGCUCCAAGCUCUGUCAAGAUGUAGCUGAGCCAGAUCGCAGAUCAGCUUUAGAAGUCUUAAUAUCUACAGCAUCAAUGGGGGGAUCAGUCAACAUGGGGAUCAAACUAUCACUACCAGCCUGCCUGCGGCCAAGUCCCUGAGGCUUGCUGUCAAACACAUAUACGGUAUAGACACACACUCUCUCCUGGACUGUUACACACACUAGAUAGAGAGACAGAGAGCAUGCGGUAACCAUAGUGACUGCUGUCUCCAUGGGAGCUCCCAGGAGCAAACGGAUUAGCAUCACAGCUAAUUAUCUGCACCCAUUCACACUCAAAGACACAGCGUGGACUGUCAGGACAGCAGUUUCUUUUCUGCCAAAUUAUCUAUUUUUACUCCCAGAGAGUGGGAGAAAGAAAAUAUCACCACGUAUAUGGUGGAGGAAUAUUAUUAUUGUUACUAUUGUUAUUGUUCGGGUUACUAGUGGACUUUUUGUAGUGGCAUUUGUCUGUGUACUUUUGUCUGAUUGGUGCAUUUAUCUUUCGAAGAGGUGUCUGUGCGGGGAGCCGGUCAGUGCCAAGGUCCACCAUCAUAUGAAAUACACACAACAGUGACCAUCAUAAUCAUGAAAGUCGUCUUUGUGUCACCUUAAAUCAGUGGCACAAAGAUUCUAACACAGUCAGUUUUUAAGCCAACAGAAAACGUUGGCUUUGCCUUGUUAAACUGUUGGCACAAAAUCUUUGGCCUUGCUACGUUAGGGUUGCAGCAAAAUCAACUUUUCAUUCUGUCAACCAAACACUAUCAGCUGAGCAUAUACAGCAAGUUGGGCUCCUGAGAUAAAAACAUUUAGUAUAAUGCCAGUUUACGACAUCAUUUCCCCAUCAGACAGCUAACAUUCUCUUAUUUGAAAACCCUGACUUUUGAUAAGUGCUGCUCUUACCGGGGAAACUGACUGCUGUGUGUCCAGUACAUGAAACUAGUAAUCAUAAAGGUGCAUCCUCUUCUCAAAGAUGUUUUGUGCUAGCUUUUUAGAAACUGUCUGGCAGUGACAUCAUCCCCCACAAGUCAUCUUUAAACAACUGCUGUCAAACCGAUGGCACACACACACACACCAACUGUAGCUGCUUUUAUCAUUUGUCACACUGAGGCAGAUUUGCAUGCAGAUUGCACCUGUAUGAAUAAACGCACACACACUCACAUCACAAGUGUUUUUUGUUCUAUUGUUUGUAUUCUUUUUUUUUAACAUUUUAUAUUACCUGAUAUUCCAUUGGUACUGGGAGUUUUUUCUAGUAGAAUUUUGUAAAGUCUAUGGUAUAGCAAACACUUCAAGUAUAUAGCUCCUAAUGCAUUCUAUGUACUGUAUUGACUUUUUCUAUUUUUGUUAUGACUGUGACAUGUUUGAAUUUAUUUGAUUAUUCUGAUAUGUCAGACCUCCAUCAUGAGUAUUUGUAAAAUGAUGUACUUUGUUGUACUAUUUUUAUUUUUACAUUUCUUUGGUAUCGAAACCGAUUUAGCCUGACUGAAAUAAAAAUCACUUUGAAAUACGU